GGAAGGAGAGGGAGACGCUGCCGCCCCCAGAGCGCUGGAACUCGCUCUGGGCUGUCGCGCUGGCCGGGCGCCUUUGCGCGGCUCUCUCCUCUCUCUCUCUCUCUCUGAUGUGGAUCUUUCCUCUCCCUCCUUCUUCUCUGAGGUCCUCUCUCCUGGAGGAUCGGGGCCAAGGCAGCCCGGAGCGCCGGGAUCCCUAAGCAGGCGGAGGAUCUGAGGGGACCCCCUUUGGCACCGAGAGCGCGGCGGAGAUUUGGAGAGGGGGGCCGGCGGGCGGGCUGGCUGGGCUGGUGGCUGGCUGGCUGGACUGACGGACGGAUCCUCUCGCAGGUCUACGGGCACGCACACACCACACACACACACGCACGCACGCACGCCCCGAGCCACACACGCCCGGAGCGCCAGCCAUGCGAGCGCGCUGAGCCGGGCGCUCCCUCCAAUGCCCGCGCCUGGGCGCAGCCGUGCGCAGAGAGAUGGGGAAACUUCACUCGAAACAUGCUGCUGUGUGUAAACCUCGAGAGAGCCCGGAAGGUGAUAGUUUUGCUGUGAAUGCUUCCUUGGCUCGGAAAGGGCUGGAGGACUGGAUGGCGAACCAGAAACACUUCUCUGGCUGUGGAAGCUCCAGCAGCAGCUUGGGACUCCCGCCAGGUUGUCAACACCGGGCCCUUUGCAGGUUCUCUGGAUCUAGGGAUCCAGCUGGGGAAGGCUACAGGGAGACUCUUGAAAACGAACACUUUCACCUGGAAGUGGCUUUGCCUCCAGAGAAGACAGAUGGAGUUUGCAGCAGUGAUGAAAAGAAAAUGGAAAAAGAGACCGACACACGCGCCAGUGCCAAGAAGCAGCUAAAGUUUGAGGAAUUGCAGUGUGAUGUGUCUGUUGAGGAGGACAACAGGCAAGAAUGGACCUUCACACUUUACGACUUUGACAACAAUGGCAGAGUCACCCGUGAGGACAUCACCAGCUUGCUUCAUACCAUCUACGAAGUAGUGGAUGCUUCAGUAAAUCAUUCGCCGAGCUCCAGUAAAACCUUGCGGGUGAAGCUCACCGUGGCUCCAGAUGGGAAUCAGAAGAAGAAAAGUAUUCUACUCAACCAUGGUGAUCUGCAGAGCUCAAGGCACCGAAUGGAGAGCAAAGGGAACGAAGAGCCGAGGCACUGUGAAAAGAAGCAAAGGGGUUCCCUCAGGUACCACCACGGUGAGUCGAAGCCUGAACAACAUGGAUGCUAUCGUCAUUGUGUGGAUGAAAACAUUGAAAGGAGAAACCACUAUUUGGAUCUUGCAGGAAUUGAAAAUUAUACAUCAAAAUUUGGGCCAGGAUCUCCACCGGCAGCUCAAAAGCACCAUCCUCCCAUCCGAGUUUCCAAUCAAACAAGGUCUCGGUCCCACGAACCAGAAAUCUUCCAUGCCCACCAGCGGAGGUCCCCGGCGGCGGAUCCGGGCCCCGUCAAUUUGAUGGAGGCUUCUUACGCGAAGCUGGCGGAGAUACAACAGAGGCUCCGGAGCCAUGACGUGAACAGGCACUUUGCAAAGUCUCCGAAGGCUCAGAGCAAAAACCCGGCGCCCGGGAACACUGGGAAAGCUGUCCGGAGUAAGCCCAUUCAAGGGGCUUCUGUGCCCAUGGCUUCCCCUUCUGCAAGGGUGGGUCAAAAUCUCCCUUACUUGCCCAUGCAGCCUCAGCAGACUUACAAGAGACACAAGCAGAGAGCGAAAGAGACUCAUCAGGUUUGCAAAACCUUCCCACCGCCGGGGACGGUUCUGGAGAAAGAGCACGCCAGGGACCUGCCAGCUGUCAUCUUGUACGAAGGCCAAGUUGGACAAAUGAUUCAGAGACAUGAGCACCACCACCACCACGAGCACCAUCACCACUACCACCACUUCUACCAGACAUGAAGCGGAGCUGCUGCCCUCUGUUCUCGGAACCAUCCUAUAUGAAGGAAGGACUUUGGCUGCCAAUCCAGAAGGAAAGCCUUGUUCGGAUGAACCUUACCGUUGCUACUCCAUUAAUAUUCCACUAGCACCUAUUUUAGGAGUUGUAUGAAAACACUAAAAAUUAAUGGCGAUAAUAAUAUUAAUAAUAAUAAUAAUAACCUAACACUAUUUAUAUUAUGUGGAACUGUAUAGCUUACUUUAAUAACUUGUGGACCCUUCCUUUGUGUGUGUGUGUGUGUUUUUGUUUCAGUUUGGCUUGUAAAAAGCACAUGCGCAUUCAUUCACUCAAGAGCCAACAGCCAUAGCGAUCAUUAGGGGUCUUCACAUAAGCCUCUCGGCAUGGUCAGUAGAUGUCUCCAAGGGUUUUUUUGGGGGGUGGCGUGAUGCAGGUGGUUCCCAUCCAUCUCCAGAAUGAGUUGACCUCUUCUCCAAAACAUCUGAGGGAUGUUUGUGAGGAGCAAGUAUGACGCAUGCGCAUGUGCGGAGAACUCGAUACUGAGAGGCAACUCAGAUGCUUGGUGGCUGAGUGCGCCUUUUGUAGGCUCAGAGGAUUUCUUUUCAUGAAAAAGAUGUGGUUCUUCAUCGGGAUGGUAUUGUGGCACAAUGUUCUGGGGGUGGUUUGGGUUGGAUUAGCCAGUGUGGUCCCUGUAAAUCUAUCUACACGUUCACUGCCUGCGUGGUGGAAUGUUGUGUGAAGGCCACUCUUGCGAGCUGCGUUGGGACGCAGUCUCUUUUCCUCUGUGGUGCCAGAAAAGAUGCUUCCACCCUUUAUGGUGAGAGACACCCAAGCUUGUCCCGUUUACGUUGGCUCGCCGCCCACGAGUCGAUCAUCAGGGGAGCAAUGUUCAAAGGUUCUGGACUCCGGGAAUACAAACAGCUGCUACCUCUAGUAUAAUUCAGAGCUUCUUAUUGAUUGUAUUGUGCUGCCAGGAUGCGAUGGGGUUUGAUAGAGACCCGGGAGGGGCAUUUUUACUUAAUUGCAUUCAUGUUGCUUAUUUGAUGGUGUACUACUCACUUCUGCACAAGCUGUAUCUUGAUUAUUAAUAAGGAAAUAACUGUUACCUAUAUUUGUCAACAUGGCAACAUUUUUUGAUUGAAUCUUUGGAUUCCCUUCCAACCUUAAAAAAACACAAAAACAAAUAGUUUGAAGAGCUCUUCUAUGUAUGGGGUAAUAUUUAAAUAUUUACCAUCUCUUUUUUUACUGGUCAUUGUGUGUUGGAAAAUCUUUGAAAUGAGAACACUCUGUUCCCAGUGCCAUCACAUUAAAUUUUCAGAAGACCGGUGAGGUUCGAGGAUCAGAACAAUGUUGUCCCCAAAGCCCAAGGUGGGGAAACCACAGUAAUUUAUCCCUCUUCACAGUCACCAUUCCUAACAAUAACUACAAAUUUCUGUUACUUCUGCCAGAACAUGGAAAGUUACUUUCUAAAGGUAACUUGUACCCAUUGCUUAUAUUUUUUUUCAAAAUACAAGUACCCAUUAGC